ACACACACAGACCUCUGACCACUUGAGUGACCUCUAUCACAACCUAUACCACACCUAUUCUACCUGGGUGCCCUUUCUCUCUCUCUCCUUCACCUAACUCACCUUCACUCACCCGUGUCAACCUCUCUCUCUCUCAGCACCAUUCCCUAGAAGCAGGUAAGUUACUUUAUUUUAAUCUCUAAUAUUUUUCUCAGUGCUUCACAAAUGAUCUAUUCUGUGACUGAGAUUCAGCGCAAAAUUUACAAUAAUUGCUUUCUUACAGAUUAAAAUGGGCUUGUUCGAAUUCGCCAAAGUUAUGAUGGUUCUGUACAACUUGUUAAUCUUGGUGGGAGGAUCAGGCUUGAUAGCUGUGGGGUUUUGGAUGCGUUUAAGUGGAGAUGUCCUGGGGACGAACAUACUGGGGGUGUUCUCUAUCUAUGCCGUGAACACCGUCAAAGUGGACAUAUACUUCAUUAGUGUUGGAAUUAUAAUGGCCCUGCUGGGAUUUUUGGGCUGCUGUGGGGCAAAAAAAGAGAGCAAAUGUCUCCUGAUAAUGUUCUUUUCCAUCAUUGUCGUCAUUUUCAUCGCGGAGCUGACAAUUGGAUUGUUUGCCCUGGCCUAUUCUGCAUAUAUUGGGAAAUUCCUAAGAUCAUGGGGCAAACCUGCCCUACAGGAUCAAUAUGGAAGAGAUUUCCAUUUCACUAGCCUGUGGAACAUGACCAUGACAAAGGUAAACCAAGGCUUAAUUGAAGAGCAUCUCCCACUAUGAUGCAGGCACGAUUGCAGGGCCACCACUAAUGUGGACUAAAAAUGGGUUUGCUAAAUAAACUGCCAAAGGGAAUUCGUAAUGAAAGUGUAAUGAAAACGUCUGUGGUGCUUUAGGAUCAAUACUCAGCCAUGCAGCCAUGAAGUCACACCAAAUUUAACCAUUCAUUCCUUUCUUGGAGCAAAACAUGUGGAAUCUAUAAUCUGUUAUCUCUCCUGUCUUCUUGCACGAUAGGUGCAGUGUUGUGGUUUUAAUAACUACACUGACUUCAUUGGCUCCUAUUAUUCUAAGUACUAUGGUGACAUUUACCCUCCCAGCUGCUGUGGAAACACAACAUUCAUAUGUGACUUGGGGUACGCACACAACAGCACAGUACAGGGCUGUUUUAAAUGGCUUGAAUAUAGCCUAGAUGAAAAACUCUACAUUCUGGGAGCAUUUGCAGCAUGGGUUUGUGGUAUUGAGGUAAAUUUAGAGUAUAAUCAAAACUUCCAAGGUUCAAGAAUCAAGGUUGUCAACUUGUUCAAACCUACAACGUGUAAUCAGUUUGUGCUUCUCUUUCUGUCUUUUAGACUGGAGUGAUGUUUGUGUCCUUGUACCUUUUCUGUUACCUGGACAAAGAUGCCAGUUGAGACUAUCAAAGCUGUACUCUUAGGGAAAAGGGAAAAAAAAAGGUUCCUCAACAAGUUUUUUUUUUUUGGAUAAUUCAGGGUUCUUCACAUACUAAAGGGUUCUACUUGGAACCAUCUCUGAUACGGAAACACUCUGCUACAUGGUUAUACUAAGAACAAAGAGUUCAACCAGAGGGACAAGCCAAAGUAUCUUCAAGGUUUCUAGAUUUAGCCUUUUUUUCAGUCGUGUAAGUUCUAACAUGGUGUAACAGUGUGGGAAAACCCAUCAACACAGCUGAAUUCUGGCAAACAAUAAUAAUAAUAAUAAUAAAAAAACGGGUUUUCAGCCAACAUAGAGCUUUUCCGCAUCGACUUUAAGAAACCAUAAAAUAUAUAUUUCACCAUAUUGACAUAGAGAUAUUCUUUUUAAUCUUGUCUUCAUCAAUGUGUGAAUGAAUCAAUCAGUGAAUGUCACACUUUGAUCAAGUUGUUGGAUAGCUAUGUACCUUAGAGAAAUGCGCAUAAGCCUAAUGAGUUAAGCUUGCAUGAAGAUACCAGUUGUCGAAAUGUCUCUGAUCCUAUUUCACAUUUCAUAUCAGAGCCUAUUUCAUAUUUCUGAAAAUAGUUCAUGAAACUGUAGUUUUCAAAACUCUAUAUAGGUGAAAAUGACAAAGUUUCGCCCUGUGAUGGAUUUUCGCAGGCUGCCACAUAGUUACUAUACAACUGAAUAUGUAGAGCAAUUAUAUUUCAAAUGAGUGGAAGUCAAAGCAUAACACUACUGUGAGAAAGUUUGAAAUCACUAAGAAAAUUUCACAUUUUUCAUGAAACUUGUACUUUUAUUCGUCAAGAAAGUUGCAAAAUAAUAUUGUAUAUUAAUAUUAUAAAUAGUGAAAACAGUGGCAAUGUUAGACAAAAUGAUUUCCACUUGAAAUAA